AUGUCCCAGCUGCAGAGCUCCUGGGAAGCGCACCAGCAGCACAUGGCUUAUCUUGGAGACACAGACAUGGAGAGCGCGGCGGCCAGCUCGUCGCUGCCCGACGCCGGCGGCGACCUCGACCGCAACGCGCCCCGCAUCUGCGGCGUCUGUGGGGACAAGGCCACCGGCUUCCACUUCAACGCCAUGACCUGCGAGGGCUGCAAGGGCUUCUUCAGGAGGAGCAUGAAGAGGAAGGCCAUGUUCACGUGUCCCUUCAACGGCGACUGCAGGAUCACCAAGGACAACCGGCGGCACUGCCAGGCGUGCCGGCUCAAGCGCUGUGUGGACAUCGGCAUGAUGAAGGAGUUCAUCCUGACGGAUGAGGAGGUGCAGAGGAAGCGCGAGAUGAUCCUCAAGCGCAAGGAGGAGGAGGCGCUCAAGGAGAGCCUGAAGCCGAAGCUCUCCGAGGAGCAGCAGCAGGUCAUCGCCAUCCUCCUGGAGGCCCAUCGCAAGACCUACGACCCCACGUACUCCGACUUCGCCAAGUUCCGUCCGCCCGUGAGGAGCGACGGUGACGGCAGGGAAGCGGCGGGGUCCGACUCCAUCCUCGCGCAGGACUUGUCCUUGGAGGACUCCGCCGACCUCUUUGGCUCCGAGGCCUUCGGCGCGUUUCCAGAGUCCGUGGAGCCCCACAUGUUCUCCAACCUGGUCCUCUCUGAGAAGAAUGACAAGAGCGGCUCCAUGAGCAUCGACUUCUCCCAGUUCUCCAUGCUCCCGCACCUGGCAGACCUGGUCAGCUACAGCAUCCAGAAGGUGAUCGGCUUUGCCAAGAUGAUCCCGGGAUUCAGGGAUCUGACAGCGGAGGACCAGAUCGCGUUGCUGAAAUCCAGCGCCAUCGAGGUGAUCAUGCUGCGCUCCAACCAGUCCUUCACCCUCGAGGACAUGACGUGGACCUGCGGCAGCCGCGACUUCAAGUACCGGGUCAGCGACGUCACCCAAGCCGGCCACAGCAUGGACCUGCUGGAGCCGCUGGUGAAGUUCCAGGUGGGCUUGAAGAAGCUGAACCUUCACGAGGAAGAGCACGUGCUCCUCAUGGCCAUCUGCAUCCUGUCCCCAGAUCGGCCCGGCGUGCAGAACACGUCGCUCGUGGAAUCCCUCCAGGAUCGCCUCUCGGACACCCUGCAGACCUACAUCCGCUGCCGGCACCCGCCGCCGGGCUGCCGGCUGCUCUACGCCAAGAUGAUCCAGAAGCUGGCGGACCUGCGGAGCCUCAACGAGGAGCACUCCAAGCAGUACCGCUGCAUCUCGGUGCAGCCCGAGCACAGCAUGCAGCUCACGCCGCUCGUGCUCGAGGUCUUCGGCAACGAGAUCUCCUGACUCCCACCGCGGCCCUUCCGCAGCCCUGACUAAAGGGAUAAGUCAGCCCUGUUUUUGCGGAGCGGCGGGAUGCAACCCCGGGCAGGAAUUGGGAUGGAGAUGGCUUGAUCGGGAUGGAGAUCGCUUGAUUUCACGUUACGUGUGACGUUCUUGCUCCAGGAGCAGCAUUCCUGCCUGGAUGGCAGGCGCUGGAGCUGACUUAUCCCUUUAUGGAUGGCUGGAGGCCAUGUCUCAAGCUGCUGCUUUCCCAGCUUUUGGGAUAUUGGGAAAGAGAAGCACUGGGCCUCGGCACAGGGGAACGUGUGCGUUCAGGGCUGUCCUGGAGCCUCCUGUCCCCAUUUCCCAUGGGGCUUGAUUUGCGCAUCCCAAAUCCCUGAGGGAAAGUGCCGGGAAGAGGCCAGAGCCCCAUGGUGGGACUCUGCUCCAGUCCGAGU